CGCGUUCUCGCUUCAACAGUGCUUGAACGGAACCGGCUGCUCGCGGCCGUUCGUCCAUCUCGGCCGUCCAUCCGUCCAUCCCGCCGCUCCCGAACCGACCCGUCCGUCCGUCCCGCUAUGGAGUCCCAGAUCCGCCAGAACUACCACCGCGACUGCGAAGCCGCCGUCAACCGCAUGGCCAACAUGGAGCUCUACGCCUCCUACGUCUACCUCUCCAUGGGGUUUUACUUCGACAGGGACGAUGUGGCCCUGUCGCGGCUGUCCCAGUUUUUCCUGGAGCAGUCGCGGGAGGAGCGGGAACACGCCGAGGGGCUCCUGCGCUUCCAGACGCGCCGCGGGGGCCGCGUUCUCCUGCAGGACAUCAAGAAGCCGGAGCGGGACGCCUGGGGGUCGGCGCUGGAGGCAGUGGAAGCGGCGCUGCAGCUGGAGAAGUCGGUGAACCAGGCGCUGCUGGACCUGCACGGCCUGGCUGCCGAGAAGGGGGACCCCCACCUUUGUGACUUCCUGGAGUCCCACUACCUGGACGAGCAAGUGAAGGCCAUCAAGGCGCUGGGGGACCAUGCCACUAACCUGCGACGCCUUGCUGGUGGUGCCACUGGGCCUGCGGGGGCCUCAGCUGGCCUCGGCGAGUACCUGUUCGACCGUCUGAGCUUGGAGGAGCGCAGCUGAACCUCCCCCCGCCUUCACCUCCACAGGCAGCCCCCAGCACUGUCUUCCUGUGCCCCCAGACCCUUGUAACACCCCCGCCCCAUCCAAGGGGGCCCUGCCUGCUGGGCCCUCCCAGCAUGAUUCCAAUAAAGGGUCUGUCUUUGCCUCCA